CCGACCACCUUGAAAAAGUUUAUCGCCGACAACAACCACUCUACCUGCUCCUUGUUGUGAUACCAAGUUCAAUUGGUGUCUGUUAAGCCAUUACUAUCCUCACUAUACUAUCUUCGGCAUAUUCUCACAACUCUUCCCGAUGGCUUCAACUGGGGUAAACGUACGUUUUACGAUUCCGCGCAUUCCUUAAUCCGAAAGCUUCAUUUCAACUUGAAAUUGAUCUCAGCAAGUUCACUGUUCAGAAAUGUGCUAAUAUGUAUUCUUGACAGGUUCUGCGGUGGUCAGCCCUAGGCGCGGGUGUAUUCUAUGGAUUUUACCAUCAAAUGAGCAUAUCUUCUGCAACGAAGGCAGCAGCAGCACACAGAGAAUUUGAGCACAAGCAAAAGUUGAUCGAGCAAGCCAAAGCAGAGUACGCAAAGAAGAACUUACCUGCGAGCAAGAAAACAGGAGGUGAUGACAGUACGUGGACUGCUUUCAUACCUCAAUCUCUACCACACCUUCCGAUAUCCGCAAUCGAAUGAUUAUUCGAUCUUUUUCGAUAUCUCGCCUCAAAGCUUUUUCAUACAGCAUUGCUAAUAUUUGAGUAGUUAUACGGGAUCCUAUGGACAAGAAUUUUGACCUUGAGGCAUACUUGAAGGUUCUAGCAGCAGAGAACUAGGGGUAUUUUGGCGAAUUGGGGAGAUAAUUUAUGGGUAAUGAUAGAGGGGCAUCGCUGAAUGAAAACCAUUCGUGGUAGUUGAUAUGGGAUCCAGCGAUGUUUGGAGAGGGUUUCUAGGGUUUGUUCAAACACACAAAAGCCUUUAGACGUCACUCAGGUGAUACUUCUUGUACAUUGUACUAUAGACGACCAAUACAGCUGGGAGCUUCUGUUGUCGGAGACCCAAUUUUCACCUACAAGGAGCCCACAGAAGAAGUUGCGUACGCUUCAAAUCUGUUGUAGGAACAUAAAAUAUUUCCAUACUGCUUUUUAUUCACAGGAAUGGGAUUAGUGGGAAAAGUAUACUUUUCCCUUAGUUAGCCAAGCCACCAAAGACAUAUAUAUUAAGCCACUU